AUGACCACAAAAAAAGUUUUACUAGCUCUUACCUCAUAUAAUGAUGUAUUCUACAGUGACGGCGCCAAAACGGGUGUCUUUGUUAUAGAAGCUUUACAUCCCUUCAACUCAUUCAAGAAAGAAGGUUUUGAAGUCGAUUUUGUAUCCGAAACUGGCAAAUUUGGUUGGGAUGAACAUUCCUUAGUCAAGGAUUUUCUAAAUGGUCAAGACAAAGUGGACUUUGAGAACAAAGACUCCGACUUCAAUAAGACAUUGGCUAAAAUCAAGACACCAAAAGAGGUAAACGCCGACGAUUAUCAAAUUUUUUUUGCAUCUGCCGGUCAUGGUACUUUAUUUGACUAUCCAAAGGCAAAAGACUUGCAGGACAUUGCUUCUGAAAUUUAUGCUAACGGUGGUGUUGUCGCAGCUGUUUGUCACGGUCCUGCUAUUUUUGAUGGGUUAACAAACAAAGAAACAGGGAGACCAUUGGUUGAAGGCAAAUCCAUCACUGGUUUUACUGAUGUUGGUGAAACCAUUUUGGGUGUUGAUAGUAUUUUGAAAGCUAAGAACUUGGCAACUGUUGAAGACAUCGCUAAAAAAUAUGGAGCUAAAUAUCUAGCUCCUGUUGGCCCUUGGGAUGAUUAUUCCAUCACUGACGGAAGAUUGGUAACAGGUGUGAAUCCAGCCUCUGCCCAUUCCACAGCUGUGAGAUCCAUCAACGCCCUAGAGAACUGA